CCAUCGUAUAUCUGGCUGUUCGGACUGGUAAUAGGAGCCAGACACACAUGGAAUGGGUUCUGGAAAACGCUUUUUCAAUUGCCACAGCAGCAUUAUGAAGUCAUGAAUGGGAGGGAGCCUGCCUUGGGGUCCCCGCUGGGCUGCUGGCUGGGAGGCAUUUGGCUUGCUGGUGUGGGCGCUCAUCGCAAGUACGGCCUACCAAAACAUUCCAGCAUUCGGCUGGGUGAUGUUUGUAGCCAUCUUCUUCUGGCUGGUAACAGUCAUUCUGUUUGUGACGUAUCUACUGCAGCUGCAGAUGAAGCUCUACAUGAUCCCUUGGCCUCUUGUGUUAGUGAUCUUCAACGCAGCUGCAACUGUCCUGUAUGUGACUGCUUUUAUUACCUGCUCUGCCGCCGUUCAGCCUUCAUCAGUCGGGAAUCCUGGGGACUACAAUAAAAGAGCUGCUGCAUCAUUCUUUGCCUGCAUUGUGAUGAUAGCCUAUGGGGCAAGCGCUUUCCUCAGCUUCCAGGAAUGGAAAGGAUUUGGCAGCAAUGCAGCUACCAGUCAAGUGACCAACUAACCACCCCAAACACUGGGUCUCUUGAAGUCAGCUUAAAGCUAAUGGAUCGGGUGAGAGGGCUCAGUGGAUGUGUAUUGAGGGAAGGGGCCUCUCACUCAGAUCAAUGUAGGUCAGUACUGGCUGAAAAUGAUUACUGGCCAACAGCUGUUUGGUGGCCUACAUGGGGGCUGACACAUGGUCUGUUAAUCAGUCUUACUGUGGAAAAGUACCCCCAGCACAAACCUCACCUCAGUUGGCAUCCUUGAAUGGUGAAAGUCUAACUUGGGAAACUGAAGUCCCUGGAAUUAGUCUCUUCAUGUCAAAGUAGCUUAGGGGAAGUGUAUCCUUGGCCUGCCUAUGAGGAGGCAGUUCUGCUGUGCAGAGGACUUCAGUCACCAGGGCUGGCCAAUCCAGCACAGUUCACUGGCAGCAAAUUCACUAAAAAGCAAACCAAACGCUCCCCUAGCCACCUGCAACUCUAAUGUGGAAAUAAUGUAAAAUUAACCCUUUGGGCGGAGUGGUGGCAGAGCUGUGGGAAUGGAAGCUAGAUAAUGGUAUGAGACUGCAACUGUUUUAUUGAUUUCUAAAAUUUGAAGUACAAGUUAUGUUUUAAAAUAAAUCUUUCUAAAUCCAGCUGUUUGUCAAGGAAGUUUAGUGGAAACUUGCUUCUCUCCUGAAAAAGCCACUGUGAGGUAAAACUUGUAGCGAUAUGGAAAGCAAAGUGAUUUCACUUGCACAGUAAAGCAGUACUCACUGUGAGGGCCCUGUAGAUCCUCUUGUUGACCUCCUGUAGAUCACAGGACACCAGGACCAUCCUGCAUCUGCCCAGAAUCUGGUCUCAAAUGUACAGCUACCAAAUGUAUUGGGUUUGUCCAGUUCUUCUUUACUAUUUAAAUGUAGGGUGAAGCCAAAGGUUUGUCAUGCUUUGUACUUUAAGACAGAGAAGUCAGUAGGAAUUUUGCUAUUGACUUCAAUAUUUGGGUGAAAUCCUGGUCCCAUGGAACGAGGGAGAAGAAUCAGAUCAUUAAGGCUGCAGGUGAUCUCCAAAAAAAGAUAACACUGUGGUUGAUCUGGCAAUGACAAGAUGGGACCACAGCCCCAGCUGGGGAAAACUGAAGUAAUUCCAUUGACUUAAUAUCCGCAGGUGACAUGGUUACUCAAGUCCAACUUAUGAUAUUUAAGGGAGCUGUGGAGGUGGGAGGGAAGGAAAUCCUGAAAACUGCACUGGUAACCAACCUGGUUUUCCUUUGACAUAGUUUGCCUGUUCAGGAUUUUUUUAAAGCCUAUAGUUUGGGCUACUUUCUCACUUACAGGGGAAAUAGUUAAACAUUUUUCUCCUGCCUGUUUAGACCAAGCCCUGUCAUUCUUCUCUAUGCAGUUGACUCUAGCUCUAAACUGAUUGCAAGUUGCAGGAUAAUACCAAAAGCCCCCUUUAAAAAAAAAAAAAAAAAAAAAAAAAAA